AUGUCGCUCUUCGUUGACAAUGAAUACACACUUUCCGAGGACGAUUUUGUUGCGUUGACAAAUGAAAGAGACGUAUCAAGAGGGAUUAUUAACAGAGACGCGAGGAGACCAGACAGAGGGUAUAAAUUCAUAAGAGGAGAACCAGAUGAAGAUGAUAUUCAACAAGCAUAUCUUGGAAACUGCUGGUUUUUAUCCGCCCUCUCAAGUCUGGCAUUUACCGACCAUGGGGAUCGUCAACUCGUUCCUGUUUUGAACAAAACUUACAAUUCAAAAAAUGGCCCUUCUCGUGGAAAACUCGUGUUCCAGUUCUUCCAUUUUAACAAACUCGUCCGAGUUUACAUUGACGAUGUUCUUCCAGAAAAGCAAAUGAUUAAGAUCGGCGAGAGCGGAGAAUACUGGGUAGCACUUUGCGAGAAGGCCUAUGCCAAGCUCCUCGGCUCGUAUCAGAUUCAAGAUGGAGGAUGGCCGCGGUACUCGUUUUAUCAUCUCACUUGUGGGAUUCCGAUAGAUGUUUAUUUCAAAGAUUAUACGAACCAAGAACUGCCCCAGAUCUUCGCGAUUAUGAAGGAUAUCAUGGAGAAUAAUCCGGAAGUAGUAUGGAACGCGGGAAAUUUAUACAACAAUCGAUAUGGAGAAUAUGCCCAGAGAAGCCUUCAGACUGGGCAUGCAUAUUCAAUUCUAAAGCUCGACGAGGUGAAAAAUGAUCAGAAUAAGCGGCAUCAUUUGAUUCUCAUCCGCAAUCCUCAUGGUAAAGGAUACAGUACAGAGUGGAAAGGAGACUGGUCGGAUAAGUCAUCAAAAUGGGAUGAAGUGAGCUCCAGCGAAAAAAGACGCCUUAGGGAUUUUCAAAGUGCGCCAUCAUGGAAUGGGUCGUUUUGGAUGUCUUUUGACGAUUUUGUUCGUCACUUUGAGAUUGCGAUUCUCUGUCGGUUGCCAACUAAUUGGUCAAGUAGAGAUGAAACAAGAGUCUUUGGAAAGUUCAAAUUCGGCAGUAACUCUCCUCCGGUCGGAGGUAUCAAGAUCGCGAAAGAGGAUGAAAAUUUCCAUCAUCAGUUUUUGAUCAAGACUGAAAACAAUUACACCGAUAUUUGGCUGCAUUUCAUGCUCGAUUCUCCUUAUGACGGAGACAGAGAAAAAUUCAACGUUCACUUUGAAUUCUACGAAAAUGUCCCAGAACGAACACCGUUUGAAAAAUACACUACUUCAAAGAUUGGUGAUUUUAACAAGCAACAUCCCAUCUUCCCUGGUCGCCCAAGCAGGUACUACGAUUACAAUGGACGCCUGUUCGGUCGAGUCAAGAAAGGAACCCACCUAGUCACUUUUUCCGCGUGCCCAACAAGUCUAGGAAUCAGAAAAUGUGAAUUCUUGGUCAAAUGCAUCGCAAAGAACGCGCGAGUCAUUGAAAUCGGGAAUCAAGGGCUCAAAAUUGAAAAGGGCAAAAGCUACCCUCUUAUCAGCUGGAAGGACUACAAGAGAACCGAGAAAGAGAGAUGGGACUUUGCUGUGGAAAUAAAUCUGUCCAGGUCCACGAUCAUGGCGAAGAAACGAUAG